UGCAAGUAGUGCGCAUUUUCAAGCAACUUCUCCGAGACAGGUGGUUCGUGCGUGUUUGAUUGCAUUCUUUUCCGCAUUGCCCGGCCGCAUGUCCGAUGCCGAUAGGUUACGGGGGAUGUUUCUCUUUUUCCACGCGUUCGGCCAGCACCGGCUGCCAGCUUUCUGACCGACUCGGCGGCCCAAGACGACAGCGGUCGCAGCAAACCGCGUUGGGAUUCCCCCGUCGGUAGGAGGCCAUGGCAAAGCGACGUGCGGACAAGGAGAUUAACCACGACAAUUGGGACAACGAUGACGAGGAGGAGGCAGAGGACCCUGGCAAGUUCAAGCAGGCCGACACAGAUGAGCUGAAGCGCAGGGUCAUCAAGGUUGGAAGGCGCAGCGUCUCCAAUUCACCCGCAGCGUCCAGUCCGUUUGCCAACUUUGGCUUCGGCAGUGCAGCCCCCAAACCGGCAGCCCCACCGUCCUUGCUGCCCAAUGGGUCGGCAGAGGCCAAGGAAGCCCCCAGUUUGUCCAACCCAAAGUUUCUGGGAAAACUGAAGUCCCUGAACGAGUGCCUGGUCCGCUGGCUCCAGAAGCACCUGGACUCGAAUCCGUAUCGUGACUUCACCCCCGUGUUCCGGGACUACGAGCGGCACCUCAAGGAAAUCCGGAGCGAGGCGUCUUCGCUUCCGUCUUUGUCCACGUCUUCGUCAUUGUCUUCGUCCACAGCCAGCGGCGUCAGUACGGGCGGCAUCACCUUCAACUUCAACACAGGCAGUCAGGCAUCCAAGGAUCUGCCUGGCAGUUCUGCAAUAUCAACAUCCAAGUCUAUAUCUGGUUUCUCAAACCUGGGUACCCCAGCAGCGAGCAAGCCAACGUUCUCGUUCACUCUCGCCGCAACAGCACCCACCGCCACGCAGGAGAACUCCGAAGAUCCCGAGGACGAGAAGUAUGUGCCUCCCAAGAACGAGUUUGUGGCCGUUGAAGAGAAGGAUGCCCUCUACUCAAAAAGGUGCAAGCUGUUCCACAAGAAAGGUGACGGCUACGUGGAGCGGGGCGUGGGCACGCUGUAUGUGAAGUCCCUGAACGGGCGACACCAGCUGCUGCUCAGAGCCGACACGAGUUUAGGCAACAUCCUGCUGAACAUCUUGCUGGCACCCUCCCUCCCUGUGUCCCGGCUCGGCAAGAACAAUGUGGCGCUGGUGUGCGUGCCCAACCCUCCCAUGGACCCCAACGACACUUCCCCAACACCCACGACGCUGCUGCUGCGAGUGCGCACGGCCGAAGACGCCGACGAACUCCGAGACACGCUGAACCGCUACAAGGGCCAGAGCUGAGCGCGGGCCCGCCUCGUAGAUCACUCAGUCCGUUUGAAUCGUUGUGCAGAAAAGAAUAAAGGAAGUCGCCCCAGUUGCUCA